AUGGGUAAUGGCCAGGGAAAGCCUAUCGACCUGAAUGGUGAAGUCAGCCUGAAAAACUUUCGCUUAUUGAGAGUUGUCGGUCGAGGCUCUUUUGGAAAGGUACGCCUCGUCAAGCACAAGGACACCAACCUCUACUUCGCCCUCAAGUACAUCCGUAAAGAUAAUGCUUCCAGGAUAUCGAGUAUAUGUACGGCCCCAACCGAAUACCAUGCCGUCAAGUGCCAUGUCUGUGGCUUACCCCGCAGCAAUAGCUACCUUGUAUUUGACUUCAUGACCGGCGGUGACCUGCGAUUCCACAUCUCCAGAAAGGCCUUCACCGAAGAGGCGGUUAAGUCCUGGAUCGCCGAGCUGGGGUGUGCCCUGAGAUAUAUCCACAAUCAGAACAUUAUUCACAGAGAUAUCAAGCCUGACAACGUCCUUCUCGAUGCCGAUGGCCACGUCCAUUUGACCGAUUUUAAUGUUGCCACGGACGUUGUCGCUGGCAAGACUCUGACGAGCAAAUCCGGUACUCUGGCCUAUCUUGCCCCCGAAGUGUAUACUGGAAAGGGAUACGAUGUCCGCGCGGAUUGGUGGUCACUUGGUGUCCUGUUCUAUGAGUGCAUCUACAACAAGAGACCCUUUUACGGUGACUCGGAAGGCUCCCUCAGAUCGCAAAUCCUAGCCGCCAACCCUCAGUACCCAGCCACUCACCCCCCAGUGUCGCUCGCCUGCCUCCAUGCGAUCGGCUCCGCCCUUGACCCCAACCGAAACACACGCCUGGGAUCGACAUGGGACAGCUUCGCCAAUGACGAAUUCUUUAAGGUCUUCGACUUUGAGCUUCUCGAGCAGAAGCGGAUCGAGCCCGUCUUUGUUCCCUGUUCUCAUAAGACCCACUUCGACGGCACCUAUGAGGUUGAAGAACUACUCUUUGAAACCUCACCGCUCGAGGCCCGAGCAAGACGCCCGGUGCCGAGAGAGCGGCUGAAAGAGGGCGCCACCGAAAAGGAGAUCCGCGAGGAUGGGUUACAUCGGGUGAUUGAGACCGACUUUCGGCUGUUUGGCUAUACUGUGGUUGCAUACAACAAAGCCGCCCAAAGUUUUAAUGAUGAGGCGCAAACCAGCCCGAACAACGCUAUCCAGACCAUCUCGACUCAUGAGACCAGUCCCAUGCUGGUCCCUUGCCCCCGUUACCAGAACAACUUCCGAAAUCAAUCUACCCCAUCAUCACGGGGCAAACCAGUCACAAGCACUACUGGGGGCGCUCACGUGACGCGGGGAGGACGUGGUAGCUGUUCAGAGUUGACAAGCCAAGAUGCGACCCUAUCGAUGGAUGCCAAAAACGCCGUCAAGUACAAGAAUGAGAGCUCAGGUGGCAUGUUCGGAUUCUUGAAGAGCAAGGAAAGGUGGAGCAACGGCAUAAAACCCAGGGAGAGGGGUGUAUUGGGCAAGAAAGGUGCCCGUGCUGUUAUCGGCUAG